UUUAAGAUGGCGGUGGGAGCCGAACUUACCGGCGCUACUCUACAUCUUUCCGAUGUGGAGAAAAAUCCCAAAGAAGUCUCUGAACGCGGAAAAGAAGCUACAAAGCAGCAGCCGGGAACCUCAAGGAUCGAAAUAUGCUGUAAAACCUUGGCUUUUAUAAUUGUGUUUUGUUUGAUCUGCGUUCAUUUCGCGCGUGUUCAGCGAGAAGGCUCCAGUACCUGUCCUGCUAUGUUUCAGUCUGGUCGCUGGAGAAGUAGCUUUUGGCAACCUCACGGUUGUAUGAUGCAUUUUUAUACUUCAAGUGAGGUGAGGACUUGUUUACAGAAUCAUCCAGUGGCUUUCAUUGGUGAUUCAAGAACAAGAGGGUUGUACUACCAACUGGUGGAAAUGGUCAGCUUAAAUGCAGUGGAAGAUCCAGGAAAAGCAAAUCCCCAAAAGAGUCCUCACCUUAUUAUCACAGGGAGUGGAACAUGGACUAUUAAAGACAAAGGGCUAGGUGCUGCAAUGAAUUAUGGAUCUAACUUGACAAAAGUCAAAACUUCAAUGGAGACAUUAGUGGCAAAAAAGAGAAAUGAAAGCCAGCCAUUGCUCCAAAAGUGGAGUCCCUUUCCACCUUUGCCAGCCAUUGUAUGGGUUCAACAAGUCAGCAAGAAAACUCUUCUGUGACUGUGAUGUGGUCAUCAUUUCAUGCCGCUAAGAGCAGACCGGAGUCAUCAACAGAUGGAAUCCAUUAUGAACAGUCAAUAACAACACUGCAUUGUGCUGUUUUUGAUCAUGUUCGUUUGCCAGCAUCUGUGGCCUGCGGAACCAAAAGGAUCUGGUGGUGCUGAGCCGACCACACCAGGGGGUCGCGCCAGUUUCUCAUUGCGCUGGGUCUAUUCUGACAGAAUGUAUCCUGUUAUGAAGAGUUUAUUUAAAAUGGGCCUCAUAAUGUUUUACUUCUACCUCUGUGACAGGACAAACCUUUUUUUCAAAGAACAGAAGGAGUACAGUCAUUUGGUGUUUAUCUUGGUGCUGCUUGUUUUCUUAGCACUUGGUGCAUGGACCUGGACACCAGCUCAACAGACUGUUUUUUUAAACAGAGAUCAGACAAAUGAGUGGAGGGGGUGGAUGCAAUUGAUCAUACUUUUGUAUCAUUACAUUGGGGCAAGCAAGGUGCUUCCAAUUUACGUCUUUAUAAGACUUCUCGUAGCUUCGUAUCUUUUCCUUUCUGGCUAUGGGCAUUUCUCGUACUUUUGGAAUAAAGGAGAUUUUGGCCUGUACCGGUUUUGUCAGGUGAUCACUCGCAUGAAUAUUCUUGUAGCUGUUCUCUGUUUAAUUAUGGGUCGCCCCUAUCAGUUCUAUUACUUUGUUCCACUAGUAACCUUUUGGUUUGGAGUAGUUUAUGCUGUGAUGGCUUUGUGGCCCAGAGUCACUGUUGUUCAUGUCAAAGAUAAGCAGAAGCAUUAUGUUGUUAUAUUGGUCAAGUUUCUGUUCCUGUUUGGUGCUAUUUCUAUGAUCUGGAGUUCACCAACAUUAUGCCAAUGGAUAUUUUCUCAAUGGGCCAUUAAAGAAUUGUUCAUUGAUGAGAAUGAUAGUGUUCGCGAGUGGUGGUUUCGGUCAUGGCUGGAUAGAUAUGCUACGCUUUUUGGAAUGGUAGUAGCAUUUCUUUACUGCUCAGGUAAAUAUCUUAAAAUGUUCGACGAUAACAACAAGAGAACUCUCUUCUCCAGACCUGUUGGCAUUUUCUGUCUGGUCUUUGCUGUUGUGGCGAUAAUGGUGUAUAUUAUUCAGGCAUUCUCCUGCUCUUCUAAAGUUUCAUGCAAUCAGACUCAUUCGACAGUAUCAUUUAUACCUAUUAUAGCCUUCGUGUUCCUUAGAAAUGUUCCCGGUCCGUUCCGGUCAAAAUUCAGUAAAUUUUUCUCCUGGGUUGGAAAUAUUUCUCUCGAGCUGUUUAUAGCACAGUACCAUAUCUGGCUUGCGCGUGACACUAAAGGAGUAUUAGUGCUCAUUCCAGACCAGCCCUUACUCAAUGUCAUUCUAACCACGUACGUGUUCGUCUGUAUAAGCCACGAAAUUCAUAAAGUCUCCGGCGUGCUGGCAAAUGCCCUCAUCACAAAGGACAUCAAAACAAUGUUAAGAAGAGUGCUCUUUUUUAUCUUCAUGUUGAUUAUAAUCUGGUGGCAUAAGACUCGCCAUGACCCGAAGCCAGUGUUGACGUGAUGCACUGAAUACCCGAAUGUGGCGCACUGGCCACGAAAAGUGGCGAAAUAACGACGACGCUUUCCGUCUUCCGUAGAGUUUGAGAACAAUGCAUCCAAAGAUUGUCGUCAAACCCGCAAGCCUCCGAUAUUGUUUUCGGCCAAGCCGAAACAUUACAAAUAAAACUGGCUCCAGUUCUCGACAUUGAGACUUUCGAGUUUGCUUACAGGAAAAUGUUGAGAAACCACAAAUUUGUCCUUUUUUUCAUCUUCUUUUUUACGAAGUUUUAUUGCACGACUUUAAAAUUUUCCUUGAAGGGUCUUCUUUAAAGAAAAGAAAGGCCAUUCAGAACAGUCAAACCGCGAAAGGAAACUUUCCUUAUAGUAUUUAUUUUAUUUUUGCGAAAAAAGCUUACCAGAUAGUCUCGAGUCAAUUUUCUGGCUCACAUUCAGUAACGCUCACGUAUGCUACUGCAUCUACACGCGCGUGAAAGCGCGCGGAAGGCGUGUAGCUCCACGCGUUUAGUAGAUAACUGCACUGAGGAGCAAAGCUCGUGAGGUCACAGAAUGGUCUGGGAUUAUUAAAAAUGUUAUGUAGAAUAAAAAAUUUUACAAAGUAAGGUAUUACAUAAAUUACACUCUUAGAGUAUAUUAAGUUACUAAAGAAUUGUAAUCUUGAAGUAGGGAAAGCAGGUUUUGAAGAAAGGAGCCUGGGAACAGUUUUCAAUAUUUCAAGACUGAUAAAAAUAGUUUUAAAUGAUAUGAUUAUAAGUUAAUUCUCAAUAAAUCCUCUUUUGAAGAAGCAAAAAUGAAAUUGAAAAAUUUUGGCCCUUAGUUUUACUUAGCUCCUAACUUUUCCAUAAUAUUACCACCAAUAAUUACUAGCAUUUAAUUUCUUCUUAUAGCGUAACCCCUGAAUCACACAUCAAGGUCAAAAGAAGAAUGAAAGUGUGCAAAAACUAUAGAAACUCCUGAUUGAUAAGCAAAUUCUCCUUGUCAGCUUCUCAGGAAAUGUAUAGAGAACAGUAUGGGGAGAGUACCGUAUGCAUACUGAUUUAAGGAAGAAAAGGGUUAAAGGAAAGUAUCGACGUAACCAGGAGAAUAUUAAAGAUAACUCGUGAAAAAUCGUCAAGUGAGCAAAAUGAACGUAAGAUAUACGUAAUUUCCGUUCAAAGGCAUUAGUGAAAUGACGGUACCCGUGCGAAGCUUAAAAAAAAGUAAACAAAAAAAGCGUUU